GAUGUCGGCAAGUGGAAGUAAAUGGAGAAAAGGGCUGGAAGAAGGACAACAACAAAGUUUAUUAGAAAAGUGCCUCCAAGAACGGGUCUGUGAGCUCUUUUUAAUGCAAGAUUAUAAUAUCAAAAAAAUAAGCAACAAUAACAACAACAACUGUCCAAUUUCAUCACCCCCUCCAUUCUUUCGUUCCCCAACUUUUCUUAAUGAACGAAUACCUCAAGCACUUUUUAGCAAUGGUACAAAAGGUUUAUUACCCAACAACAAUCGUUUAAGUGAUAGUGGCGGAAGAAGGGAAGGAGGUGGAGGAAGUGCUGUGGGUGGUGUGGGGGUCACCGGAAAUGGCGGCAGUGUUGUUCGAAACAUUCCUAUUCGUGUGUUGGAUACUCCCGAUAAUUUAUCAUCAAAGCACCAAAGAGAACACCAACAACAACCAUUAUUUGAACAACAACAAUCAUCUUUAUUAAAUACUCCUGAAAGGAUGGAUUUGUCAACUUCAUUGUCAUCAGAAAACAAUUUUAAUAAUAAAAAUUUCUCCCCAAUUUCUUCGCCUGAUUUGCGCCGUCAAUUUUCUUCAUUAUUUUGGACCCCACAACAAGCUAAGAGAAUUGCUGAAAGAGAAAAUUCUAAAAACAUUCCUGCUGUUUUUAUUCAACAACAACAGAAUAAUAGAGAAUUUAUUGAAGAUGCUAAUCAUUACGCUAAUUCAUCAAAAGAAAUUAAUAAUUAUAAUUCUUUAUCUCGACCUUCAAAUAAUCAUACAACAACAAAUUCGUCUGGUUUUGGUAAUGGUUCAACAGUAACAUUUUAUUCAAUACCAAUAUCUCAAAAAGAGCAAGAAAUUGAAAAUAAAAGUCUUCUUAAAAAUCAAAAAGAAAAAAAUGGAAAAUUAGAAUUAUCAAAUAAUAAUUUAAAUAAACAACAGCAACAACAAAAUGUUCAUUAUUCUGCUAUACCUUUUCGUAGAAGAAUUGGUGGAUUAUUGGGAAGUAUGAGUGCAAUUUCUACACCUUCACUAUUUCAUCAAAGAGAGGAUGAAGAAGAUAAAAAACCAAAAUCUCAUUAUCAAAAUAUCGAGUAGGGAUAUUAAAAUAGGAAAAUAAGGAAAAAAUUUUAAAGAAAAUUUUUUAAAAAUUUUUAGGAGAAAAAUAUUUUUUUAGUUUCAACUCUGACAAAAAUAAAUUAAUGAAAGAACAACAACAAUUUAGCCGUCCAUCCAAUCUUUCAAAUAAUAAAUUAAACAAUACUGGAGCAAUUACAACAUCACAAACAACUUUUCCAACAAAUUCAAACAAAACAAAUGAAACAAAACAUCAACAAACUAAUUACAACAACAGUAGCAGCAAUUUUCCUUUACAACAUUUGUUCAGACGUAACCAAACAAGUGAAAAACAAGCAUUUUCUACUCCAAACACCGCUAAUAUAAAUUUCAACAACAACAACAAUUCAGCCCAACAACAAAUUCGAA